AUGGCUCCUUCUAAGAUUGCCCAAACAGCAAUGCUUGCCUCAAGAAAUUUGAGGAAAGCAGGCCAAUAUCAGGCCAUGAGAAUGAUGGAACGUAAUGCUGCCACUACUGCUGGAACACAAACCAUGACUGUCAGAGAUGCUUUGAACUCUGCCAUGGCUGAAGAAUUGGACCAUGAUGAUGAUGUGUUUUUAAUGGGUGAAGAAGUUGCCAAGUAUAAUGGUGCUUAUAAGAUUUCUAGAGGUUUAUUGGAUAGAUUUGGUGAAAGAAGAAUCAUUGAUACCCCAAUCACUGAAAUGGGUUUCACUGGUUUGGCCGUUGGUGCUGCAUUACAUGGAUUGAAACCAAUUGUUGAAUUUAUGACCUUCAAUUUCGCUAUGCAAUCCAUUGAUCAAAUCAUUAACUCAGCCGCAAAGACCUUUUACAUGUCUGGUGGUACUCAACCAUGUAACAUUACUUUCAGAGGUCCAAACGGUGCUGCUGCUGGUGUUGGUGCUCAACACUCUCAAUGUUACGCUGCCUGGUACGGUUCUAUUCCCGGUUUAAAGGUUCUUUCUCCUUAUUCUGCUGAAGAUUACAGAGGGUUAUUUAAGGCUGCUGUUAGAGACCCUAACCCCGUGAUCUUUUUAGAAAAUGAAAUUGCUUAUGGUGAAUCUUUUGAAAUUUCUGAAGAAUCUUUAUCACCAGAUUUUGUCAUCCCAAUUGGUAAGGCUAAGAUUGAAAAGGAAGGUACUGAUCUUACCAUUGUUUCCCAUUCAAGAAAUGUCAAGCAUGCACUUGAAGCUGCCGAAGAAUUAGAAAAGUCUGGUGUUAAGGCCGAAGUUAUUAAUUUGAGAUCUAUUAAGCCUUUGGACGUUCCAACCAUCAUUGAAUCUGUUAAGAAAACCAACCAUUUGGUUACUGUUGAAGCUGGUUUCCCAGCUUUCGGUGUUGGAUCUGAAAUCUGUGCUCAAAUAAUGGAAUCUGAAGCCUUUGACUAUUUGGAUGCUCCAGUUGAAAGAUGUACUGGUUGUGAAGUUCCAACUCCUUACGCUAAGGAAUUAGAAGAUUUUGCUUUCCCUGAUAAGGAAAUUGUUCUUAGAGCUUCAAGAAAGGUUUUGGAACGUGAUGAAGCCAAUAACUUUGUUAGGUUUGACGAAGAGAAUGACGGUCUAAUACCAAUAGCCAAUAGUGAAAAGACAUCCACAACCAUCAAGUUACAACCUCAAGAUAGACCAGCCUUUUUUAUGUUGGUUAUACUAUACAUGCUUCAAGGUGUACCUGUAGGGUUGGCGUUUGGGUCUAUUCCCUUCCUUUUGAAGGCUAAGCUAUCAUAUUCACAGGUUGGAGUAUUUAGUCUUGCAGCAUAUCCUUAUAGUUUAAAGUUACUUUGGUCACCGAUUGUUGAUGCCCUAUACUCGCCUAAGAUAGGACGUAGGAAAUCAUGGAUUAUCCCCAUUCAAACCAUUUCAGGGUUAACGUUGAUUUAUUUGGGGUCAUUUAUUGAUUCGAUACUUGAAAACCCUCAAGAUCAUUUGUCAACUAUAACUGGAUGUUUCUUCAUGUUGGUGUUUUUCUGUGCCACUCAAGAUAUUGCUGUUGAUGGUUGGGCAUUGACAUGCCUUUCAAAGGACUCAUUGAGUUAUGCAUCCACGGCUCAAACGAUUGGGAUGAAUACGGGUUACUUUUCAAGUUUCACCAUCUUUCUUGCCCUUAGUUCACCUGAUUUCGUUAAUAAAUACAUCAGAUCAGCGGCUAAUGCUAAACCAGAACCAUUGAUCACUUUGGGAAGUUAUUUGUUCAUUUGGGGUUGGAUGUUUCUUUUCGUCACUUUCCUUGUGUUCUUUGUUCCAGAACAACCAAGUCAUUUACAAACCUUGUCAGCUCCAUUUACCACUGAAAAACAACUUUAUAAUCAUCCCAAAUCCACAUGGGAAGAGUUAAAGAAUGUUUACGUUGCAAUGUACCAUGUUUUGAAGUUACGGAACGUUCAGAUGUUGAUUUUAAUCCUCUUGAUUGCCAAAUUUGGGUUCCAGGUCAAUGAAGCAGCCACAAACUUAAAGCUAAUUGAAAAGGGGCUAUCAAAGGAAGACUUAUCAAUUUCAGUGUUGAUCAAUUUCCCAUUUGAAAUGUUUAUUGGUUAUUAUGCUGGUACCUGGGCUCAAGGCAAAUCACCUUUGAAACCCUGGAUUUAUGGAUUUGCUGGUAGAUUAUUGGUGGCCCUGGCCGCUCAAGUUCUUGUGUAUUGUUUCCCGUCAGAUGGAGUAGUAACCCCAACGUAUUUUGCAGCCAUCAUCUUACAUCAUUUGUUGUUAUCGUUUGUGCUGACGGUACAGUUUGUUUCCUUGUGUGCCUUCUUUAACACCAUUGCUGAUCCAGUCAUUGGAGGUACGUAUAUGACCACUUUAAAUACCGUGUCCAAUUUCGGGGGUACAUGGCCGAGAUUCUUUAUUUUUGUUUUGAUUGAUAAGUUCACCGAUGCGGUUUGUCUGACCGGAAGUGUUGUUCUCAAUGAGAUCGAUAAGGAAACCUGUGUCAAAGCUGGAGGCCAUGUUAAUGUGUUCCGAGAUGGAUACUAUUACGCCAAUUUCAUCUGUGUUGCUUGUGGAGCCAUCAUAUUAAUAUGGGUAAGAAAGAAGGCUAUUUAUCUCCAAAGUUUACCUCCCAGUGCAUGGAGAAUGAAGGGACAAGACUGA